AUGGCUGGUUCCUUCGUGGACUGCCACUGUCACUUGACGGCGGAUCAGUUCAAGGAUGACUUGGAGGCCGUGCUGGCCCGCGCGGCCCGCGCCCACGUACGAGGCAUCCUGGUGUGUUCCAGUUCUCCGGCAGACGUGCAGCAAGUGAUCCAGCUAAGACGAAGGCAUCCAGAGCUGCAAAUCUGCUUGGGACUGCACCCCUUGGAUUGCAGCUUCCAGGAGGAGUGGAACACUGUGAGGGCUGUCAUCGCCAAUGAACACCUGGACCAAGCGAUUGCAGGCUUAGGGGAGAUCGGAUUGGACUUCUCUCGACCUUUGUUGAGACAGAAGGCGCAAGCCCUGGGUCUCACUGAGGCGGCAGUGCGGCAGCUGCAAGUGAAGUCCUUCGAGGCACAGCUGCAGCUGGCGGAGGAGCUACAGCUUCCGGUGAACGUGCAUUCCCGGAACGCUGAAGCAGAGACCCUGGAGAUCCUCGAGCGGUACAAGUCUGUGGGGGCCACCAUGGCAGUGAUGCAUGCCUACAAGGGGCCUGCGUGGCUGGCUGCAGAGGCAGCGCAACUGGGAAGGCUUUAUUUCUCCUUCCCACCCUCCUUGGUCUACAAGUGGGAGUACCAGGAGGCGGUGAAGGCUUUGCCCCUGGAGCGGCUGCUGCUGGAGACCGACAGUCCCAGCCUGGGCUCGCGAGGACCCAAGGCGCGGAACGAGCCGGGCUUCAUCCGUGAGGCGGCGCAGAAGAUGGCUGAGUUGAAGGGUCUCACGGUGGAGGAGGUAGCCGCAGUGACCACCCGAAAUGCUUUGCAGCUCUUCCCUGCGCUGGCACAACAGGCGCAGGAGGUGCAGCAGGCAGAGUCCAGACCGGGCCGCGGCCGCUGGGUGCGGAAGGCGGACUCCGGUGACGCGGACUCCGUGCCGAAGGCCCUUCCUGCCACCUCUCUCCGGCGGUGGAAGCGCAUGGACCCGGCUCUGUGCUCUUCGGCCUAUGGCAGUGCGAAUCGAUGCGAGUGA